UGGAGGCACGACCCGCGGUCUCUCGUCGAGCACGCGCCAGCCCCUAAACUACGGGAACCAUAGAGUUUCUCACUAUAAUUAUAGUGUGAAACUCUAUGACGGGAACCUCUGCUCCAAUGGGAAAACGAGCGACGCGGCAGGCAUCUACAUAGGGGAGUAAGAAGCGGUUCGCAACCAGCGGCCUGGUCGACGGAGGAGGCCUUUCGAGGGCUGAUCGGGCACCCAUGGUUCUGUGAGCCCUGUCCCCGCCUCCUCAUGACUGACGACCGCUGCCUCUGCAAUGGCUCAACAGGCCUUUGAGCCAAUAUUCGACGAGCGACUACCAUUGCAAACAAUUCGACACCGGCUUUCCCGUGAGGAGUCGACAGCGCUGCUGCGGAGGAUGGCGUUCAACAUUAUCUCCCAGGUGACGGACUACCUGUACCUGAGCGGGUUCCGUGCCAUCACGCUCAGCGCAGUGCGCACCAUCGGCAUUACGACCAUCAUCAACUGUAGCACCGACCUCCCCGACAUGCCGAUCGGUGCCGACAACAUCGAGUUCCUGCGCGUGCGCGUGGACGAUUCGCCCUACUUCGACAUGUCCGUCUACUUCGACCCCAUGUCCGAGCACAUCCACAACGUGCACAUGCGCGGCGGCCGGGUGCUCGUGCAUUGCAUGGCGGGCGCCUCGCGCUCGCCCACGCUCUGCCUGGCCUACCUCAUGAAGUACCACCGCAUGCGGCUGCGCGACGCGUUUCGCUACCUCAAGUCGCGGCGCCCCGUGGUGCACCCCAACAACGGCUUCUUCCGGCAGCUUAUCGACUACGAGAUCCAGCUGUUCGGCAACUCGAGCGUCGAGAUGGUCGAGAUGCCCAACCUGGGCCCCGCUUACGGACUCAUCCCGGACAUCUACCUCGAGGAGUGCAAGGGCCUCAUCUGGCUGCACAGCAUCAAGGGCCUCGGCCAGUAGGGGCCCCUGCGGAAACCGGUGCUGCAUGUACACAAGUCCCACCGACGCUGCCAUGACCUGGAACUCACCUUGUGGAACAAACAAAUCUUGCUUGCUGCUCAUUGGGAACCACCUUUUGUGGUGAUCUGUGGCUGCUGCUCAGACAGUAAACCAAGGAAGGGCCUUGACCAAAAGCCAAGGAAGGUCUCUUGUUGAGCCAUCUGAUGGCAUGGCAAGACCAAGUGACACGCAUGGAAUUGAAACAGAAGGCACAGCAGCAGCUUGUUUGGACAAAUAUUUUGCCCCUCGGUCAGUACAUUACAUUGUUCCUGGACUGCAGUGGCAAAACCACAGUCGUCAUGGCAUUGAUGUAAAACAAGAUUGCUCGUGUUGCUUUGCACCGAGCCUGGCAGCCAAGAGAUUUUUUUGUCUUGGCUGUGUUUCUGAAUACAAGUGCACUUUCUUCAUUCAUUCCAUUAUCAGCGCUACAUAAGCAAAGCAUUAUGACGACGUCAAAUGAUGCUAUUGCAAAUGCUGUGGCAAGGGCAAUAGCCUUUCUGCUGUGAAACUUUGCAAUAUGCAAGCUGUCAUAUGAGCAGGAAGUAAAUCUUUCCAUAGUUCAUGCCGUUGAUAGAGCACUCGGCAGCUCAGACAGCAUAAUUAAAAUUUGUAGUUCCGCAAUGACUGAACACACCUCAAAAUUGUCAUAGAACACGAUAUUGCUGACAUUUCGUAAGCUACGAAAAAUAAUGCAGCCUUAGAGUGAAGGCUGGCUUCUUAAGCCUACCAUCACUUCAGACAUGCACUCUUUGCAGAGACUGUGCAACUAUCGCACAGGCUGCUAAUCUGUAUUUGACCAAGAAGUCUUGCGUACAAAACUAGCACGGUUGUUUGAGUAGCAGCAUCAUGGCUAUGAGAGUUCAAUUAAUAAAAAUUGGGCCGUACUGCAGCAACUUGCCUGUAUGUAUGCUGGCCAAUAUAAUGCCAGUGCUUGUCAGUAAGUAGCUGGGCAGCACCUUUGUCACAGCACACUGGCGUCUCUCGGCGCUUUAAAACUACAGCAGCAAGAUGUACAGUUGCAUGACAUGAAAAUGUGUUGUGUGAAAAUUUUGCGCUCUGCCCGUGUUUGUUCACUCUGCGUGUAGAAGCACCUCCAAGAGGCCAGUCAGGAUAUUUCUCGUGACCUGCAGGUUAUGUGCCUUUUUGUGAGGAGUGUCCUGAGUGGUCACCUGUUUGUGUGGGUAUGCAAGUUACUGAAGAAAAAAAUGAUCUCCCGGUUCAGGAAUCUCCUUCAUGCUCUGAAAGACUGAACUGUGUGUUGAUAAAACUGCUUCCAGCAGGGGUUGAAAUGCUCAAGCUACCACAUCCUGGCAGCACUGGUGUACGGUGGAUUGAGCCAAAGAUGCCAGUGUGCUGCUCGAAGAGAUCCAACCUUGCUGUGAUUGUGGGAACUAUGCAAUACCUGUUGCGCACAACAACAUGCAUACUCUUCCUUUUCCUAGUCAUCUUCCUAUUCUUUCAAAGAAAAAUCCUGUGAUAUGCAAACCAUUCCCACUGAAAUUUAUCUUGUACAGUAGCACUGAAGUCUUGCAAUUACACACUCGAGACUGUCAACAUCUCUCUGCUCUUGAGUUGUAUUCCAGUGUGCUGCCAAUGGAGCGGAAUCUCAAAACAUAGUCGACAGAUAUGAUGGCAUUUGCUUCAAGGACUGAUGCACCAGAGCACAUGUUGUUGAAAGCAUCUGUUCCUUCAUCUGGGACAUUAAAAUUUGUGUUGUUGAA